GUGACUGUGACCUGGUGUCAGAAUUAACAUUUUAAUCUCGCCUGUUUUGGUUUAGCAUCUCAGUGACUGAGCGUGUAUUGUGUUUAGGUUAUGGCCUUAUGGGAUCAGCUUCAAUAUUCUUUUCGUGAAUAACGUCCCAUACGGCCGAUCCGGCACUCAAUGUCUUUCUGAAGUAAUUAGCAUGUCACAUGGCCAUUAUCGAGAUGUCGUGCUGUGAAACGGGUAACUUGAUACAUGUGUCUUUGAAGCCUCGCCAGUCCCGUGUUAGCGCCUCCAUUCAGGGUCCGGCCUGUGCUCCCCCCCCCCCCGCCCGAUCAUCUGGAGAUGCCCCGUGCCGUCCCCCGCCGUCCGUCGGCCGGGGGUCCGAGCGGCGCGCGGGCCGCGACCGGCGCCAGUCGUCACGAUGACCGCCGCGCGCGCCGGACUGCUGCUGGGUCUGCUGUGCGCGCCGAUGGCGGCGCCGGCCGCCGGCGAGCCCAGCCUCGAGCAGGAGCUGCUGAAGAGCGCGGCCGGCGCGACACCGCUGCACCGGGUGCGGCGCGACACGUGCGGUGGCACCUUCGACCACCAGACCGAGGAGAAGGUGAUCACCUCGCCAAACUACCCGUCUGACUACCACAACUCGGCGCAGUGCUACUACACCAUCUCGGCGCCGGUCGGACAUGUCAUCCACGUCACCUUCGAGGACUUUCGCAUCGAGAUCCCGCGCACGUCCUCCAGCAACUGCACCUACGACGGACUGGUGGUGCGGGACGGCUCGCACACCGUCGAGCCAAUGGGACGCUACUGCGGCAAGGUAAAGCCGCCAGACUUCACGUCUCGCUCCAACCUCCUCGUCCUCAACCUCUACUCGGAUGAGUCCCUCGGCUUCCGCGGCUUCAAACUGCGCUACAAGAUCAUCUGCGGCCAGGCCUUCUUCAGCGAGCACGGAACCCUGCUCUUCAACGAGAACGAGCCGCACAUUUCCGAGACCAACACGUGUGAGUAUGAGCUCAUCACGACGCCCGACAAGUACCUCGACCUCAACUUCACCAUUAACGAGCUGAUGCUGACCACGGUCGAGGUGCUCGAUCACGGCGAGAUAAUCCGCUCGCUGCAGCGCCAGAACGACUACAAGGACAUGGACGUGCGGGUCAUCUCGACGUCGAACGUGCUGCGACUGCGCUUCAAGUACCAGGGCCUGUCGGAGGGCCACGCGGUGAUCGCGUACCAGGCCCACCCGCGAGCCGUCGUCAGUGGCGACCCCGUCUUCCUGUUCCACAUGCAGACCUGCCGGGGACUCGUAACCACGGACAAUAACGGCGUGGCCGCCAGCGACGUGGUCAAAUCUGCCGUGGCCCACCGUCUGGAGAAGGUCGGAGGUCAUCAGAACGACUCGUUCACGCCCGGUAACGAGGUGUACGUGCGCACACUGAGCGGCGGCUCGCGGCCGCUCUCGUUGUCGGCUGACCCGAACGGUGUGGGCGCCUACGACCUCACGGCGCAGGACAACAGCACCUGGAGGCUGUUCGGCCAGCUGUGGCACGGCGGCCGCGUCUGGCUCGAGAACAAACAGAUGCCCGGCAACUACCUGGGCAUGUACGGAGUGAGCGGCGGCAGCACCGAUUCGCCGACGGUGACGGCGCGCGUGGCGCUCUGCGCGCCGGCAGUCGACUGGGUGGUGUACAAGGUACCGCUGGACUUUGGCUGGUACCGGUACGAGACGCGCGGCGAGUACCAGGCGCGCUGGGUGGACGGUCUGACGGCGGCCGCGUACCGGGACUGUCUGCCGCACCCGCUGCUGUUCCCGCACUGCGGCGGCAGUCAGGACACCAGCUGCCCGGCCAGCGCCUGAGCUCGGCGCCUCAGUCAGAACGGGCACGGUGACGGAGAGUCGCCAGGUGCCGACCGAAGCACGGCAGAGUCCGCGCUGCCAGCCACCUCCAAACGGAGUCCGCUCGGAGACCACAGGGCUCGAGUGUGAUGGAAAGACUCAAAAAGAGGACAGUGAACGAAUGAUUAUUUCAUUCCAUGUGAAGAUCUUGUGGAGUUGGAGCGCAAAAGAUGCUCAAUCUCAUCCAUUUUCAAAAGUUAGCGCUGGAAAUCGGUAUGCUCUUUCGAUAUAGUGCGCAGAUGAGUCUUUGUGUGUCAUGGACUUCCCAGACAAGGCGCCUCUCGUGGGGUACAGUGGUCACGUGCGCCCAACGAUGGGCCGAGUCGCCAGUGACGCGGUCACUGUCCUCUGCAGGGGGCCUGGAGGACGCAGUUACGUCGUGUGACGUACCGUCUUUCUGCGGCGCAACACUCCAGUGUUUGGACGUGUCGACAAAGCACGUUCGCCCCAACUAAGGCUAAUCAACGGCCGUUUGACAAACGUCUGCCUGUUUUCGCUUUCCUUUAGCAAAUACGUCACAACAUUCAAGAACGCAAUUAGUUGUAACUUGUAACUUUGAUUGUGUUUAGCAAAUAAGUUUCUGUGAUGGUAAGCUCAUCGAAGGAUGCCUGUUGACUAAAUGCUCAGAGUUUGGUGUCGGCCGCGCAGUCAGCGUGACGUCAUCCAUUUGUGGCCAAUUGAUAUUGACGUCAUUGGUGUGAGGCUGUUUGGCGUUGCGGACGGAUGGUCCUACCUCCUAAGGCGAGGCCAGGGGCAAAUGUUCAGUGGUCGUGUGUACUGAGCUACACUGAAAACGUCAUACAGUGUUUAAUAAAACCAUAUGAAAUGUG